AUGAGCGUCACAGUCCAUCCAAGAGACCCUCCACCAUUGGGUGAGCUAGCAACCAUCAUUCAAAAGACCCUAGAAAUCAACUUUGCGCACGCGACAGCCCGUGUCGUGGAUUGUCCAGACCUACGACAACCCCCCUUCAACCUCGCCGCAGCCGGCCUCUCAGGAAACCCCUGCAUCGCCGAUAUCGGUGGACAGAGCAACCUGUUUCCAUCCCCGAAUCUCGAUGCUAAAUACUCCCUUUUGUCGCUCGCAAAGGAUAUGCAAAUGUCACCAGCUGGGGGCUUUUUAAUCGGUGCGGGGGCGGCUCCAUUCCAGGAUCUGGGUCAUAAUGCCGAGCUAGCGCCAAAUAUAUCCUGGAUCUCAGAAGGGGAUUCGCCGGAUUUCGAAAAUCCAGAUUCUUUGAAGGUUACUAAUAACACGAGAGUUAUUGAGAUUGAUGGCGAGGGGUUUUCGUCGUGUCAGCAUGCCGCCAGCACGAACUGUGCGCUUAUGAUGAAUUUGUAUGGGUCCCUUGGGGAUCCAGGUGAAGUGUUGAAGAUAACCGCGAGGGGGAGAAAGGGGGAACAGAACUUCACGAACUGUAUCCGUCUCGGAUUGAAGGCUGUUUAUGGAGAUUCGAAUCCGAUCAGUCUUGGUGGGGUUUUUCUUCUUAAGUCUGGGAAAGCUAUGUUUCAUGUUAUGCCUGACUUUCCAAAAGAAUUACCCUUUCGAAGUCGGGAGCAGUUGGAGAAGGAAUGGCUUACUUAUCAUGUCUUUGAUGCUCCUGUUGUGUGCUUGACGGUGAUGCAUAGCGCUGAUCCCGAGAAUUCGGGAUUACGGAUGGAGCACACCCAUUGUUUUGACGCUGAAGGUAGUCGCAAAGGUGGCCACUACCAUUAUGAUGUUCCUGGUGAUGAAGAAGUGGAGUACGAGGCUUACUUCAACCCUGCUUCUACGCUAUACAGAAUUGAUCAACCUAGUUGA